CGUCGUUGGUUCUCAGGCUUACUUUCCGUGUAUACUGUAUAUGCUUUGUGAGAAAAGAAUUUGAUGAAAAGUUAGAUUGUCAUCAGAAAAUCAACUAUGACCGACUCUUUUGAUUCAUUUUCAACUGGGCUUGAUACAAAAGGUGGAGAGAAAGAGCUUCAGGAAUUUCUUAUGGUUGAAAAGCAAAAAGCGCAGUUCAAUGCACAGAUGAUCUCAAAAAUUGUGAUAUUUUUCGCGAUAUUAUACACAGUAUCGGUGUGUGCUUCACCAUAUAUGCACCAUACUAGGUUGACCAAAAGGGUGAAAUAUUGUGGUCCAGCUCUUGCAGAUAUUGUCAAUCUGGUCUGUAGUGGAAAAUACUAUGCAAGGGAGGAUAAACGAUUUUCUCAAAAUCUGAAUUUUGACGACUACAAGGAUGAUGAUAUUUCGUCAAACUUGGAUGAUCAACCAUCGUACCCGUUCAUCCCCAAGGAACUAACGUCAUUAGUACCUAUGAAAAUACGGCGAGGGAUUGUUGAAGAAUGCUGCCACAAUGCGUGUUCGCAGGAACAGAUAAAAGAAUAUUGUAUGAAGUAAAAUGUUAGACGCUGCCUAAAUCAUGAUAAGAUAAAAACGAGUGAUAAUAAAGGUCAGAUGUGAUCCCCAAUGUUGAUCAUUUUAAUAAAGUUGUAUAUAUUUUUUAAUGUUACUUAACAAUUAACAAUAAAAAGUUAAAUUCAACGUAAA